CUUCUGAAAAAUACACACAUAUAAAAAAUGGUGAAUGCUAAUGAAAAUAUAGCAGCAUGGAAGAAUCGUCUCCAUAACUUGACAGACUUGCAAGUACCCACCGAUUAUCCAAGACCUUCACCUGCUCGUACAGUCGAAGAAGUUCAAACAUUUGAUCUUUCCGAAAAGACAUUGAUGAGUCUCGUUCAAGUAUCUAUGUCUGAUGUUCGUCCUACACCCUUCUCUGUUAUUUUGGCUGCAUUCUCUGUGCUCCUUCAAAGAUAUACUGGCGAUGAAGAAUUCGCUAUCGGUACUUCUUCUCCAUCCGGAAACCCUCUCGUCUUGAGACUUAACGUGGAUCCUUCUACUACAUUUGAAAACGUCAUUGAGAUGGUGGCAAAGGUUGAAAAAGAGGCAUUGAGCCAAGAGGUCCCCUUUGAACAAUUAUCAGAUGCUAUUUAUGAAGGAACAGAUCCCGAUAGUAGACGUCCUUUAUGUCGCGUUCGUUUUUAUAACGAAAUUGAUACACCCUCUCAACAACAUUUAGCUAGCAACUCUGCUAGUUCUGAUUUAACUGUAUAUAUUUCAUCACCCGAAUCAACUUCAUCUUUAAGAACAUCUUUCUUCCGUCCCGUCAAUAUCCGUGUUGUUUAUAACCAAAUCUUAUUUUCCCCAAGACGUAUUGAAUAUUUGUUUUCUCAAUUAGCCACCAUCAUUGAAACUGGAGCCAAGUCGCAAGCUGUUGGACAGAUCCCUUUGUCUGACUCUGGAUUAGCUGGAUCUCCGCUCCCUGAUCCUACUGCCGAUUUGCAUUGGUCGCAAUGGAGAGGUGCUAUUACUGAUAUUUUUUCCGCUAACGCUAAGAAGCAUCCCAGUCGUACUUGCAUUGUAGAAUCACUGGAAAACUCGACAGACACUAUCACUUAUAAUUAUGAAACUAUCCAUCAUGCAUCCAAUACCGUCGCUCAUCAUUUGGUCGCUGGAGGUAUUCAAAGAGAGGAUGUUGUCAUGAUUUAUGCUUAUAGAGGUGUGGAUCUUGUUAUUGCAAUUAUGGGUGUCCUCAAGUCAGGUGCUACUUUUAGUGUAAUUGAUCCUGCUUAUCCUCCUGCUCGUCAAGAAAUCUAUCUUUCUGUUGCCAAGCCUCGUGGUUUGAUUGUCCUAAAGGAAGCCGGUAAGAUUGCUGACUCUGUAAGAGAUUAUAUUAAGAAGGAACAAAAUAUCGUGUGCGAGAUUCCCAAUCUCAAGAUUGGUAAGGAUGGUGUUUUAUCCGGUGGAGCUUUGGAUGGUGUGGAUGUACUUGAUAGUGUUCGUGCAAAGGCUUCUCAAGAUACUGGUAUUGUUAUUGGUCCUGAUAGUAUUGGUACAUUGAGUUUCACUAGUGGUAGUACUGGUAUUCCUAAGGGUGUUCGUGGUAGACAUUUCUCUUUAACCCAUUUCUAUCCUUGGAUGGCCGAGACUUUUGGUAUUUCCGAGUCCGAUAAAUUCACUAUGCUUUCUGGUAUUGCUCAUGAUCCUAUCCAACGUGAUAUUUUUACACCUCUCUUUUUGGGUUCUGAAUUGCAUAUUCCUACUGCUGAAGAUAUUGGUAUUCCUGGAAAGUUAGCUGAAUGGAUGAGUAAGUCCAAGGUGACAGUGACUCAUUUAACUCCUGCUAUGGGUCAACUUUUAUCCUCUCAUGCUCAAGUUGAAAUCCCUUCUCUUAUCAAUGCCUUCUUUGUCGGUGACAUCUUGACCAAGCGUGAUGCUGCUCGUAUUCAGAAAUUUGCUCCAAAUGUUGCUGUCAUCAAUAUGUAUGGUACCACUGAAACUCAGCGUUCAGUCUCACAUUUCAUUGUUCCUGCUCGUUCUUCACAUCCUGCUUUCUUGUCAUCUCAAAAGGAAGUGAUUGCUGCCGGUAAGGGUAUGGUCAAUGUUCAACUUUUAGUUGUCAACCGCCAUGAUCGUACAAAGAUGUGUGGUGUUGGUGAGAUUGGUGAGAUUUAUGUUCGUGCGCCUGGUCUUGCUGAAGGUUACUUGCAAUUACCUGAGGCUACUGCUGAAAAAUUUAUUCCUAACUGGUUUGUCCCCGCACCUUGUGUUGAUGACGGUAAGGAUGAAUCCUGUGUUGAAGGUGAUGCCUGGAAGCAAUAUUACUUGGGCAAGCGUGAUCGUAUGUAUCGUUCUGGUGAUUUGGGUCGUUAUCGUCCUGAUGGUAACGUUGAAUGUACUGGCAGAGCUGAUGAUCAAGUCAAGAUCCGUGGUUUCCGUAUUGAAUUAGGUGAAAUCGAUACACAUUUAUCUCAACAUCCUUACAUUCGUGAAAACGUUACUCUGGUGCGUCGUGAUAAGAACGAAGAACAGACUCUUGUUGCCUAUUUUGUCCCUAACCAAGCUGCCGCUGAAGGUGAUUUUGCCAGUGCCACAGAAGAGAAUGGUGAUAGCCACGAUGAGAAUGAAUUGCGUUCCAGCUACCACUUCCGUAGAUUGAUCAAGAAUAUCCGUGAUUACUUGAAGCAAAAGCUUCCAUCCUAUGCUAUUCCUGCCAUCUUUGUUCCCUUGGUUCGUAUGCCUCUUACUCCUAAUGGUAAGGUUGACAAGAAUGCUUUGCCUUUCCCUGAUACUGCUCAAUUUAACAAGAAUGCAAGCACCGCUGCUACUUCUGAUAAUUCCAAUCUUCCUAAAAUGACUCAAAAUGAAGCAAUCAUUCAUGACAUCUGGAAAAGUCUCCUUCCUUCUUCUGACCCUGUUAUUGGAUUAAAUGACAAUUUCUUCGACAUUGGUGGUCAUUCUUUAAUUGCCACUCGUCUCAUUUUUGAAAUCAGACAAAAAUUCCAGGUCGAAGCUCCUCUUGGUCUUGUCUUUGCUGAACCCACUAUUGCUGGUCUUGCUCGUGAAGUCGCCAAAUUGCAAAGCAGUGAUCUUUUACUUGAGAGCAGCCUCGAUACUGUCAAGGAGGAAAAGAAGGAAGAAGUUGAUUAUGCUGCUGAUAUUGGGCUUUUGGGCAACGAAUUUCUUCAAAGCACUUAUGGUCCUUUGGUUACUCCCUCUGCUGAAGGUCGUACUUUUAUUUUAACUGGUGGAACUGGUUUCUUGGGUGCCUUUAUUCUCGAUAAGCUCUUGAGCUAUGAAAACACCAAGAAGGUUAUAUGUAUUGUCCGUGCCAAGGAUGCUGCCGGUGCUUUCCAACGUGUCAAGCAAGCUGCUAUCGAUCAUUUGGUCUGGAACGAAGCUUGGGAAUCUCGUAUUGAGGCUAUAUGUGGUGACUUGGCUAGCGAUCGUCUUGGUUUAUCUGAGGCCGAUUGGACUCGCUGUGCUUCUACUGCUGACGCUGUUGUACACAAUGGUGCCCUUGUUCACUGGAUUUAUCCUUACCAUCAAUUACGUGCUCCUAAUGUUAUUGGUACUCUUUGGGCCAUGCGUUUAGCUUCUGAACAACAACAAAAAUCAUUCCAUUUCGUCUCUUCUACCUCUGUUCUUGAUACCCCUGAAUUUAUUGAAACUGGUGCUCCUGUAUCCGAGGACAACGAUCUUGAGGGUGGUCGCACAGGACUCGAAAAUGGUUAUGGACAAAGUAAGUGGGUUGCUGAGAAGCUUAUUUUGGAGGCAAGAAACAGAGGCAUGCCUGCUACUAUCGUUCGUCCUGGUUAUAUUUUGGGUGAUUCUCGCUCCGGUGUUACAAAUACCGAUGAUUUCAUUUGGCGUUUGUUAAAGGGCUGUGUUGAGCUUGGUUAUAUUCCUGCCAUUUCCAACUCUGUCAAUUGUUGUGCUGUGGAUUAUGUUGCUUCUGUAGUCGCUGGUGCUGCCUAUCAUGAUGCUGAGUCUACAAAGCUCGGUGUCCUUCAAGUGACUCAUCCUUCUGGUUUUACUUACAAUGAAAUGUUUGGUACUUUGCUUACUUAUGGUUACCAAGUUCAACAAACCGAAUAUAUUGAUUGGAGAAACAAGUUAAUGGAAUAUACUCUCAAGUCUCAAGACCAUUCUCUCUUCCCUCUUCUUCAUUUUGUCCUUGACGAUUUACCAACAUCUACCAAGAGUGCUCAAUUGAAUGACUCAAACACCCAAGCCGUCUUGGCCUUGGAUAAUAUCAAGCAGCCUUUGAUGGGUGAUGAUCUCUUGGGUCUCUAUUACGCUUACUUAAUUAAGGUCGGCUAUAUGCCUACUCCCGCUGCUGGUCAUCGUCCUUUACCUGAAUUGAAGGCCGAAGUCACCUUAUUGAAGAGAAGUGGUGCCAAGCAUUAAAUCUUACUCUUUUUAUCAAGAAAAUAUAACCACAAAUUAUUUUUAAUUAUAGAAUCCCCUCUUCACAUCCACUUUUUGUAACAUAAUAUAAUAAAUAAACUUUUACA